AGAAACGAGCGUGCAAAGCUGCGCUCAGUCCUCCUCCUUAUCGUGUACUGUGAGACACGCACUCUGUCCAAGGUGGAAGUAACUUUUGUCCUGUGGAGAAGAGUUUUGAACCGCCUUGGAUAUACGUCUGGUCGAAAGAGUCACAACAAACGAUAACCAUGUCGGCCUCAUCGGCAAAAGUCAGUAGGAAGGAGAAUUCAAAUCACGACGGAGCGGACGAGACCUCUGAAAAAGAGCAGCAGGAAGCAAUUGAGCACAUUGAUGAAGUACAGAAUGAAAUUGACAGACUGAAUGAACAGGCUAGUGAAGAAAUUUUAAAAGUAGAGCAGAAGUACAAUAAAUUACGCCAGCCAUUCUUUCAGAAGCGAUCAGAAAUCAUAGCCAAAAUCCCCAACUUCUGGGUCACAACGUUCGUCAACCAUCCACAAGUUUCAGCUCUUCUGGGAGAGGAGGACGAGGAAGCACUUCAUUACUUGUCAAGGGUGGAGGUCACGGAGUUUGAGGACAUAAAGUCUGGAUAUAGAAUAGAUUUUUAUUUUGACGAGAAUCCAUACUUCGAGAACAAAGCCCUCUCCAAAGAGUUUAAUGUAAACGAGAGCGGCGACCCGGUUUCCAAAUCAUCUGAAAUCAAAUGGAAAGCUGGAAAGGACCUGACAAAACGUACGGGUCAGACGCCAAACAAAGCUGGGAAGAAAAGGCAGCAUGAGGAGCCAGAGAGCUUCUUCACCUGGUUUACUGACCACUCGGAUGCAGGCGCUGAUGAACUGGGAGAAGUGAUCAAGGAUGACAUUUGGCCAAACCCACUGCAGUACUACCUGGUCCCAGACAUGGAGGAUGAGGAAGGUGAUGGCGAUGAUGAUGAUGAAGAAGAAGAGGGACUGGAAGAUAUUGAUGAAGGGGAGGAAGAGGAGGGUGAAGAUGAAGAUGAGGACGGUGAUGGGGAAGAUGGAGAGGAUGACGGCGAAGAUGAUUAAAGGUUUCAGUCAACACCUUUUCUCCAUCCUCGCUCCGUGAUCUCUCUUCAACUCAUGGGAGCAAAUUUCUUUUUUUGUUUGUUUUUUUUUUGGGGUGGGGGGGGGGGUCUGUGUGUUGUCACCCUGUCCGUCCUCUUCCUCUGCAGCCACAGCCUGCAGAUAAUGUCUGAGGACCAGCUCCAUAUACAGCGGGUCUGCAGAGGGGUGGAGGUGCAGGUGUCAGUGGCUCUCUGGAUUUUUCACCUGUCAUUAUUUCUCUACAUCUCCCAAAGACAUGCAAAAGAAUUAAAAAAAAAAUUUGUAGCAUUCUGCACGUCAUCCUAUGUAGAUUUAAACUCCAUACAAUAACAAUUUGUAUGUACAAUAAAAAUGACAGUUUCUGUUGAAGUUGUGAGUUCAAUAAAAAUAAGCCAUGGUGCAGUGAUAACUUAAUCAUAGCAUCCUUAGCGCAUACGUGUGUGCGCAUGCACAUAUAUAUAUAUAUAUGCAUGCGCGCACACACACGUACAUAUAACAUACACUCAUAUAUCAGUACACACGUAUGUAUGUAUGUGUAUAUAUAUAUAUAUAUAUAUAUACAUAUGUGUGUGUAUACAUAUGUGUAUGUGUUUAUUAUUAUAUAUUCAGUGGUGGGGGUAAUGAGGCUUAUUAGAAGCUGCAUUUUCCUUUGUGACUUAUUGUAUUAAUGAACUGAUUAAAAGCACCAGCUUGUUCCUUUGAACUGUUGUAAAUGUUUUGGGAUAUCCAUGUAUCUUGGUAGGCCAGUUAAUUGUACACAGUUUAAUGGGGGAGGGUAUGGUUGGGCAGGGGGACUUUGACACCAACUCUGGACUUCUGUUAAAUAAAGUUUCAUUGUCUUGUUUUCCAGGCAUCCACAACAAAGAGUUGUAAUGUACAUUUUCUCAUAUAUACAUAUAUAUAUAUGUAUGUGUGUAUGUAUGUAUAUAUAUAUAUAUAUAUAUAUAUAUAUAUAUAUAUAUAUAUAUAUAUAUAUAUAUAUAUAUAUAUAUAUAUAUAUAUAAAAUUACACUGAAACUCAGAGUUCUAGGUUAGUGUAACACGUUCAGAUGGGAGACAAUACGCUGUUCUCUUGAGUCCUCUGGAGUCUGCAGCUUUUCUCCUGUACUGCUAGAGACCUGUUCCCAUUAAAUUAAGUGUACUAGUUACUUUGUUACAAUAAAUAAAUGUAUACAUGA